AUGGAGGGGAAGCAGCCCAGCUCUGUGAAGCAGAAGACGGUUACUGAGUUUAGGGCCAUGAGUGAAGAGCCAUACUUGGAGGACAAGGAUGCGGCAGCAGGCGGUGCAGAACCGGCCGUGGCAGUCGACAAUGUGCUGAGCAGACCGCUGGGUCCCACGCCGAGCCAGAGCCGCUUCCAGGUGGACCUGGUCACCGAGGGCUCCGGCCGUCCAGCAGAAGCGGCCAAAAAGGCGGGCAGGGAAAGCAGCAUGCUGUGGAAGAGCAGUGAGGAAGCCAAGGGCAGGUUUCGGGUGAACUUCGUGGAUCUGUUAGCUGGCGAUGAGACCCCAGGGGAGUCUGGCGGCAGUGGUUCGGAGGGCGGCAACAUCAGCUUGCAAAACGGCGGUGACGCAAUGCUGAGCGAGGGCAGCCUCCACUCGGGGGGCGGCACCGACCACCACCACCACCACUACUACUACGAUACUCACACUAACACCUACUAUUUGCGCACCUUCGGCCACAACACCAUGGACGCUGUGCCCCGGAUAGACCACUACCGCCACACGGCUGCCGACCUGGGAGAGAAGCUCAUCCGGCCUAGUCUGGCCGAGCUGCAUGAUGAGCUGGACAAGGAGCCCUUUGAAGAAGGCUAUGCAAAUAGAGAGGAAGGAAUGCCAACUGGGGAAGCAGUUGCCGCUUAUAUACCAGAUAGCAAAGGAGUAGUCAAGUUUGGCUGGAUAAAAGGUGUAUUGGUACGAUGCAUGUUAAAUAUUUGGGGUGUGAUGCUCUUCAUCAGACUAUCGUGGAUUGUAGGACAAGCUGGGAUAGGUCUGUCUGUUGUAGUUAUUGCAAUGGCCACUGUUGUGACAACUAUUACAGGACUGUCUACUUCAGCAAUAGCUACAAAUGGGUUUGUAAGAGGAGGAGGAGCAUAUUACUUAAUUUCCAGAAGUUUGGGACCAGAAUUUGGUGGUGCCAUAGGUCUAAUUUUUGCAUUUGCCAAUGCUGUUGCAGUAGCAAUGUAUGUUGUUGGUUUUGCAGAGACAGUUGUGGAGCUGCUCAAGGAAAAUGGAACAAUGAUGGUCGAUGAAAUGAAUAACAUCAGAAUCAUAGGAGCUAUCACAGUAGUUCUAUUGCUGGGUAUUUCCAUUGCAGGAAUGGAAUGGGAAGCCAAAGCACAGAUAGUUUUAUUGGUGAUCCUCAUACUUGCUAUUGGAGACUUUGUCAUCGGGACAUUUAUUCCUUUGGACAAUAAGAAGCAUAAAGGUUUCUUUGGUUAUAAAGCUGAAAUAUUUACAGAGAACUUUGGACCAGAUUUCCGAAAUGAGGACACUUUCUUUUCUGUAUUUGCUAUUUUCUUCCCUGCUGCAACCGGCAUACUUGCUGGCGCAAAUAUCUCAGGUGAUCUUGCGGAUCCUCAGUCAGCUAUACCUAAAGGAACGCCGUUGGCCAUCUUAAUUACUACUUUGGUUUACAUAGGAAUUGCAGUAUCU